AUGUCGUUGAGCUUAGCCUUCCAAGUGCUGGGCUUAGGGGCCCAGCUUGAUGCUUUCGACUUCGCUGUGUUUCCAAACCUCACCAAGCUCAACCUCAACAACAACAGCCUAGCAGGUGCCAUCCACAAUCUCUGUACCAACUUGAUGUUUCUCGACCUGUCAAGGAAUUGCUUUUUUCAUGGACAAAUACCAGACUCACUGGCAAAGAUGAUCCCCAAUUUGGUGUAUCAGUAUCUGAACUUGUCCUCGAAUGGGUUUUCGCUUUUCAGGGACAAUACCAAGAUCGCUUGCGCCGCUAACAAAGCUCCAAGAACUACAACUCGAAUCCAAUGUCUUCAGUGGAGGAUUCCCGGAGACGCUCACCACAAUCUCCACGUUGCAGGCUGGGGCAAAACCACCUUUCUGGGUUCUGGCAACAUAUCACAGGUAUUUGGAGUCCAUUCCAGCCUAAUUGUUGUCGAUGUCUCUGAUAAUCAUUUUAAUGGAACACUUCCUCCAACUUUCUACUCAUAUACUUCUCUUCUGAUUCUGGACCUAUCAAAUAAUAAUCUCUCUGGAGAAGUUCCCAGCUGCUGGUGGAACUUGCAACACCUGAAAUUUAUGGAUCUGUCAAGAAAUGCCUUUGUUGGCAAACUUCCAACUGCAAGGAACCAUAUCUUUUCUCUUGAAUGGCUGAACCUGGCAAAACACAAUUUUCAUGGAGAGUUUCCGUCUGUCAUACAGAAAUGUGAGAACCUAGCCACACUCGACCUUGAGGGAAAUAGAUAUGACAGCAUAAUUCCUUCAUGGUUAGGUGUGAAAAAUCCAUGGCUAAGGAUUCUUCAAUUAAGGUCAAAUAUGUUUUAUGGGAAUAUGCCAAGGAAGUUAUCACAACUUGCUUAUCUCCAGCUUCUUGACUUAGCUGACAACAACCUCACUGGUUCUAUACCAACUGAGUUUGCCAACUUGAAAUCCAUGAGGCAACAAAAUAUGAAACAGUCUAUCAUAUUUCAAUAUCAGUAUUUUGGACAAAUUGAUGUAAACUGGAAGGGUAAUUAUUAUGAGGUAUUUCAGAGAACAGUUUCUCUGGUUACAGAAAUGGACCUAUCGAGCAACUUCCUCACUGGUGAAAGACCGACAGAGAUAUCAAAUUUACACAGCCUCAAGUUCAUAAAUCUGUCAUGA